CAUUCUCACGGCAGCUGCCCGGCGCCUGCCAGCGACUUUUGCUGCGACUUCGUCUGUAACACCGAGCUCGACGUGGACGAUGUUCAGUGCGCGAUUGGCACAAUGUUCACGCGCCGUAGCAUCAACCAGCUCGGCUCAUAGCGCACCCCUGCACACCACCGCGGCUCUGCGGGCACCACGCCUGACCAAAGCCAAGAAAGUAGCAGAACAGCACGCACGCGAGGCCGCUGCGAGCCGGCCGCACGUCGUGCUGGGCCAUCGACCGGGGGAUGAGGCGAAGUGGACGAACUGCGACCUCGCGCGCACCAUCGUCACGGAGGAGGCCGUCGACGCCCUGCCGGCGCCGCCCUCGGAGGCGCGCUCCGUCGACGACGCGCGCGCGCCGGAGCUGCUCAACUUCGGCAUCGGCGCGGGCGAGCAGGAGAUGCUGUUCCAGGUGCUGCCGAACCUGACGAUCGAGGGCGUGAUCGACGAGGUCGUGAAGCAGAACCCGACGAUGCUUGCCCGGGAGGAGCGGCGCGCGGACGCGCUGGAGGCGCAGAAGACGGUGCAGUUUGCGCGGCUCGUGGACCUGCGGAACGCGAACGCGAGCGGGAUCCUGUUUGAGAACAAGCAGCGGAUCGUGGCUGCGUUCUCGGAGUCGGACACGGUGGUGGACACGGGCCGGCCUGAGGUGCAAGCUGCCAUUCUGACAGUGCGGAUACGCAACGUCUGGGACCACCUCAAUCGCCAAAAGAAGGAUGUCAUCAGCCGCCAGAGGCUGCGAGAACUGGUACACAAGCGAGCCAAGAUCUUGAAAUACCUGAAGCGGGUCAGCAUAGACCGGUAUGAGCGCUGUCUCGAGCGUAUCGGUGUAGAGCCCGAGAGUGUCGAGGGCGAGCUUGUGGUUUGAUUCACGUAUCUCUCAUUGCUUUGUGCGGGUAUUGCAACUCUAUCAUACAUCUCUCUGGGAGACUUUCCAUAUACAGGGCCCUCUGCUGUCCGUUUUCAAUCGACAUGUCGACAUGGACUUGCUCAAGUGAAUGGAGCUCGGCCUAUCGCCUGCACAACAAGUAACGCACUGCGAACGUUGUUCCGCAGUGACAGCCCGCGGGACUGUCCUUCAACAAUUCACCGAGGAGCCAUGGAUGGCUGGAACCUGCCCUUGUCGCGCUCAAGCCAGCUGAGCGUUAGGUCGAAGAUUGAAAUGAUUACUCCGCCCCGA